AUCUCAGGCAGGAAAAUGAGAACCUCCCCAGCCAUUGGAUUCUUGCUCCUGUUGGUGAUCAGCCAUGGCUCCUCCGAGAACUCCAGCACUGCCCGGGGGUGUGGGCUGGAUCUGCUGCCCCAGUACGUGUACCUGUGUGACCUGGAUGCCAUCUGGGGCAUCGUGCUGGAGGCGCUGGCCGGGGCAGGAGUGCUGACCACGCUGCUGCUGAUGCUGAUCCUGCUGGCCAGGCUGCCCUGCAUCAAGGACAAGGAGAAGAGGAGCCCCCUGGGAAUGCAUUUCCUCUUUCUGCUGGGCACGCUGGGGCUGUUUGGGCUGACGUUCGCGUUCAUCAUCGGCGAGGAUGAGCUGGUGUGCUCCGCGCGCCGCUUCCUCUGGGGCGUUCUCUUUGCGCUGUGCUUCUCGUGCCUGCUGGCGCAGGGCUGGCGGCUGCGCAGGCUGGUGCGGCGUGGCCAGAGCCCCUCGGGCUGGCUGCUGGCCGGGCUGCCCCUCUGCCUGAGCCUGGUGCAGGCCAUCAUCGCCAGCGAGUGGCUCAUCCUCACCCUGCUCCGGGAGCGCCACCCCGCCUGCGCCUACCAGCCCAUGGACUUUGUCAUGGCUUCCAUUUACGUCAUGUUCCUGAUGCUCUGCGCCACGGCAUUCUCCUUUUUCACUCUCUGUGGGAAGUUUAAGAAAUGGAAGAAGAACGGAGUAUGCCUCAUUAUAACGCUUUUCUUCUCCCUCCUGAUUUGGGUGGCCUGGAUGACCAUGUACCUGUUCGGGAACGCGGCGCUGCACAGGAGGGACAGGUGGAGUGACCCCACUCUGGCCAUCGCGCUGGUGUCCAGUGCUUGGGUCUUUGUGAUCUUCCACGCCAUCCCCGAGGUGCACUGUACCAUCCUUCCAUCCCAGCAGGAAAACACACCCAAUUAUUUCGACACUUCGCAGCCGAGGAUGCGCGAAACCGCUUUUGAGGAGGAUAUUCAGCUUCCCCGGAGCUACAUGGAGAAUAAAGCCUUUUCAAUGGAUGAACAUAAUGCAGCGCUGAGAACUGCGGGAUUUCGGAACGGCAGCUUGGGGACGCGCCCCAGCGCUCCUUUCAGAAGCAAUGUUUAUCAGCCAACUGAGAUGGCAGUUGUGCUAAAUGGUGGCACUAUCCCAACUGCUCCGCCAAGUUACACUGGACGACACCUCUGGUGAAAGCUGUAGGCUGUAGAGAAUAUCAGUCCUGGUGCAGAUGUUGUUCCCUGGCAGUGUGUCUUUGAGGGAAGGAAUCCAUAACAAUACACAACAAAGCAACAAAACAUCCAGGAUCUUUUGAAAUCCUACAGAGGAUUUUGCCUAAAUGUGAACGCCAUUGAACUGAGAAUUGCAAAAACAAAAUUGUAAAACCGAAGCUGAAUCUAACUUGACACAGAAGUAGGCACAGCAUAAAUUGGAAGAGGGGAUGUUGUACUCUGAAGUGUAAGAUAUUCUCUUAUCUGUAACCUGUGUGCCAGGCAAGCCUAGUUUUGGUGGUUGCCAGUUGCUUGCAAAAUACCCUCCUCUCACGUAACUUAAUUCAUGUUGCCACAAGAGAUUGCCACCCCAGUGUGAAACCAUGCAGGAUUUCUUUCCGUUUUGCUCCUUUUGCCGUCAUUUCAGAUCCUACAGGUCCUGUUUGCUCGUGCCCAGCUGAUCUGUGUCACACAGCACGGGUGCACUCAGGAUGGGCACGGGGCAGUCAGACUGUGGCACCCCAGUGUCCAGUGUCCAGUGUCCAGUGUCCCGUUGGGUUCUGGCACUGUGGCACUCCAGUGUCCAGUGUCCAGUGUCCAGUGUCCCUGUUUGGUUCCAGGCUGGCACUGUCCA